AUGCUAUUGGAUAAGGGUAUCGAGGCCCUAUCCCUCUGAGAAAACACAAUGCAGAAAGCUGUCUACUAUGAGAAUUCUGGACUUUUUGGGGGCUAUUCUUAUGCUAAAUCUGAUGCAUACAGUUACAAUUCUACCCACCAACCAUACCCAUCAUCCACUAUUGAGAACGAUUUUCAGAGUUCUGUAUGUACCGGUUCUAUACAAACACAAACUAUUAGACCCCCUAGCCAUAAAUCCAGUGAAACAAAUAGCAGCUGCAUGAGAACAGCUGGCAGCCAGGGCAGCAGCCAAUCAGCUAACAUCAGUGAACCGCAGCAAGCACCUCCUUUGCCAGCAACUUCGCCUAACUCAAGUAGUACUUCAACACAGAAAAAAAAGUCUGCAUCCAACUCUUCAGUUAACUCUACCGCCCCGGUUAUUACAAAGCAAAUAUUCCCGUGGAUGAAGGAGUCCCGGCAAAACUCAAAACACAAAAGUAACUGCACAGCUGCACAAGCAGGGGAUACUUGUGAUGACAAAAGUCCACAAGGGCCAGCAUCAAAGAGGGUCCGUACUGCCUACACCAGCGCCCAGCUUGUAGAACUUGAAAAGGAGUUUCAUUUUAACCGGUACCUGUGUCGUCCACGCAGAGUCGAGAUGGCCAAUUUAUUGAACCUCACAGAGCGUCAAAUAAAGAUCUGGUUUCAAAACAGGAGGAUGAAGUACAAAAAAGAUCAGAAAUCCAAGGGAAUAAUGCACUCUCCCAUUGGACAAUCUCCAGAUAGAAGCCCGCCAUUAAGUGGCUCAAAUCAUAUUGGAUAUUCAAGCCAGAUCCCAAAUGUAAACAGUCUUAACUAUGAUGCUCAUUCCCCAGCAUCAUUUUCUAAGCCACAUCAAAAUAUGUAUGGCUUGGCAGCUUAUACAGCACCAUUAGGUGGUUGCCUCCCACAGCAAAAGAGGUACCCAGGAUCAGAAUAUGAACAUCAUACCAUGCAAGGCAAUGGUGGCUUUACCAAUCCUAAUUUGCAAGGCAGCCCUGUGUAUGUUGGAGGGAAUUUUGUUGAUUCCAUGCCAGCCUCGGGUCCUAUGUUCAACCUUGGCCAUCUCCCUCAUCCUUCAUCCGCCAGUGUGGACUACAGCUGCGCUGCUCAGAUUCCUGGUAACCACCACCACGGACCUUGUGACCCCCAUCCCACAUACACAGAUCUGACUUCUCAUCACACAUCGCAGGGAAGGAUUCAGGAAGCACCUAAACUUACGCAUCUGUAGUGGACUGUCAUUGUUGUGAAGCGGCGUCCUCGCUUUGUGUUACCUCACUAUAAUAUGAAGUACUUUUUAAUUAAGCUCAGAGAGGGAGAGAGAGAGGGGAGAGAGAGAGAGAGAGAGAGAGAAAACUGUAUUAGUAUUACAUUUUCUAACAGCUGUGUUCCUUUUUGUGACUAAUCGGCACCGGUUAAUGGAUGUUCUUGCCAGCUGUCUUGCAUAUUGAAGUGCAAUGCACAAUGUAAACUUAAGGACUGAACAUUUGAGAACGUUUCACUUGAAGGUAAGUCCUGUAGAUAUGUCAGUAUUAGCAACCCGAUAUAAUGGGCUGUUUUUGUUUUAAAAAAAAAAAAAACAAAAACUAUUAGGUGAUGUUUUUGUCGCAUUUGGUCUCACUUCGAAGAGCUUAUUUUGUGUAUUUUUUUCAAGAAUGUAUGAAAGGCAUUAAACUCGAUUAUAUAUGUAUUUAUUGUUUUAAACAGGAUUUUUUGUACCGCAUUUUAUUUAUCUUCGUCUUAGUGUAUUUAUGUGAACAUUUGUAGAACUUAUGCAACAUGCCUUGGACAGGUUAAUUAAUACCCUUUGUCAUUAUAUUCCUCUUCUUUAGUGAAAUGGUUCGAAAUAGGUGAGAGAAUAGUUUAAAGCAAUUGUAAAAGUGGCUGGUGUUUGUAGUUUAUGUAAGGGUUAAUUCUGGCAGCAAUCUUAAUUCAUUAUUAUAGUAAAUCUGAAAUGUGACAUUACAAAAUAGAUUACGUUCAUUUGUUUCAAUACUUUAUUUCAAUUGUCUGGUACUAUUUGAAAACAUACUUAGAAUUUGCCUCUGAAAUGGUCCUUGUUUUAAGUAUGCACUGCUGCAGCAUGUCAUUUUACAUGUCUCUGUAAAAGUUACCUCAAAUUAAUUUGUUACUUUAUGAAUUAUACUUUUAAUGCAUACAUCGAUUAA